UUGGUAGCGGAUCACUGUGGUUGGUAGCUCAAAAAACUUGUGUGAUGAGUGAUGCAUCAUCAAAUCUAUAUCAGAGAAAAAUGUAUUUUUCAUAAUUAAAUCGAUACUGAAAAACUGGCUCUAGAUCAAAUAUAGCGAUAAGGCGAAACAGUUAGUGAAUAGUUUAGUAAAGUGUUAAAACGUGCAAAAUGCCUCGUGUUAAUUACACCAGAACAGAUCGUAUAGCGCAAAUGUCCAAACAGGAGCAGCUAAUCGCUCAGAAACGGCAGCAAAUUUUGGAAAAACAGCGAACUUUACAGAUGGCUAAGCAGAUAGCAGCUGAAGCAUCUAAAAAUACGCCUUGUGAGAACGAUGAGGAAUCGGAAAAAUCUAGUGGACUCAAAAUACCCUUCAGCAACGACGGAUCGUUUUUGGAGAAUUUCAAAAAACUAAGUGAAAAAUUAGCUAAAACAACCGAGGAGCACAAUAAACGGCCAGCGGAAGACGAUGCAUCGAACAUCGAAAAAAAAGCUAAAACAGAAGAAACAAUUCCAAUUUCUAUUCCCCCGCCACCACCACCUCCGGCUCCACCUACACCACCGGUUUCGGUGGCCGUUCCUAACGCUUUACCUAUGGAAAUCUCAUAUGCCACUUACUACGCAAUGGCGGCACAAGCUUCAACGAUGAUGCCACUUAUACCAACGGCUCCGCUACCCCCGCCAAUACCAAUGCCGAUUCCGGAAGUUAGUCUAGUCGAAACCAUCCACACGGUGCCGGUAGUACCGGUACCUAGUUCGAUCGAUACUACCCCAGUUGACCCCGCGGGUCUUGAAGUUGUGCCGGAAGUUGGAGCCAACUGUAAAGUAUUUUCAGAGAAUGAUAAAUUACCAACAACAGUUGAAGAGUUAGUUGAAUUGGUUGCCGAUAUCGGUGAUGUUUAUGAAGAAAAAUUAAGUUCACGUAAAAAUGAGUUACAUCCAUCGCUUUGGUUCUUAUUUGACAAACAGUCAGAGGCUUACAGAAACUAUCGACACAUGAUUGUUGCUAGGCUUUUCAAAACUGCUGGAAUUGAACAUGCUUUACCGGCGGCCCAAACUUUCAAAGCUGACAAACCAGGACGAUCCAUGGAUGAUUCUAAGUACGAUCCGGCAGACGUGCUCGACGAUACUCACGUUGAAGACGAGUCUCUUGUAUAUGAGGUUCACUCUCAAAGAGAUCUACAAGAUGACAUGCCAAUACAAAUGCAGCCAAACUACUACGGGGAUGAACGCCAUUUUUAUGAUGAUAAAUCCACAACAGAAACCGACUCUGAUACCGAAUACGUUCGUGAGGCACGGAAGAGAAAUUUGAAAAACCUCAAACAUAAAACUAUGAAUGCAGGGAACAUGCGCGAAGAAAGUACAACGGAUUCUGAUGAUCAGUUCAAUGAAUCUUCAGACGGAAAGCAGGAAGUGAUGAGUGAUAAGUCAUCUGGAAAUAGCGGCGGCAGAACCGUUCGUCAAAAGCACCGUAAAAAGACACGUUGGGGUGAUCAAACAGAAGGUGUCGAAGAACCUAGCGCCGCAAGUGAAUGUAAAGAUAGCAGUGCAAUUACAAUUUCGGAGCUAUCAUCUAAUGCUUAUGGUGGACAAAUGCAACAGCCAAGUUCCAGGUCAAAUCCUGGAUUUUUACAGUUUGUUUUCCAAAGCUUCGAUACCGUAGAAGUUAGCCCAGAGAGCUGGAAAAGAGCAGAAGAACACUUUAGGAUUCGUUUGCUCUACGAAGACAUGUCUAGUAAAAUACAAGCACAUGAAAGAUUUUCAAGCAAUCGGUUGAUGAGUGGAAGCAAUCGUACCCAAGGUGAUUUCGAGGAAGAUCAACGAUUGAAUGGCGAAAAGAUGAAGGCUGUUAUGCUGUGGAUUAGCGAAAUCACAAGUUUUUAUGAUCGUUCAGGUUUGCCUAGAUUAGAAGACUUCUUGCUAAGAGAUGAGUACGAAAAUCUAAUAAAUAAGUAUCACGGGACGAAUGAUAGUGCGCCAAAUUUUGAGGAAUAUAAAAAAUUCAAACUUGAACAAGCCAAAAUAGUGUCCACUAAUUCCAGAGGGGAGUAUAGUUCAUCAGAUUCGGAUUUUAAAAAUAAAGCAACACCUAGCAUCGAUGCCAAUAUACAAAAUGUUGAAGAUAAUCCCGAUAAAAACACAAGACGUCGAAAAAGUCGAUGGGGCGAUCAAGUUUCUGUCCCAGCAACUGAACCAAACACAGAUGUUGCAGUUAGCAGCACUCCUUCUAUGCCAUCUACUUCCCAAUUAGCAGGCGCAUCAACUGCCAAGCACAAUACUCCCUCGAAAUUAUCUACUAUGCAGCGAACUGAUCCUGCUCUUUUGGCUUAUGUGCGCCAGAACUAUGGCCAUCUCAACUUAUCGGAAGAUGAAUGGAGGAAGGCCGAAGAUCAUUACAAGAUUAACCUUCUCUAUCAAGAUAUGCUCAAAAAGCGACAAGAGAUUGACAGAUUGGCAGCAAGUGGAAAGUUUAAAUAUGAAUACGAUUCCGAUGAAGAUACAACUGGAGGUACAUGGGAACAUAAGCUGCGCUCGCAAGAAAUGGAAGCCACACAGCUCUGGGCGAAUGAAUUGACAAAGAAGUCAGAAGGAAAACAUCAUAUUGGAGACUUUUUACCUCCCGAAGAAUUGCGUAAAUUUAUGGAAAAAUAUGAAGCGCAAAAAAAUAAUAGGCAACCCAAUCUAAGCGACUAUAAGGAAUACAAGCUGAAAGAGGACAAUGUCGGAUUUCAAAUGUUGCAGAAGCUAGGCUGGAAAGACGGACAAGGUUUGGGCGCUGACGGAAGCGGAAUUGUUGAACCGAUUAACAAGGCUUCUCAACGUGAUAAUAAUCAAGGGUUGGGGAUAAUUUCUACAGAUAAUCCCGAAGUAGAUGAUAACGAAUACGAUGCUUAUCGUAAGCGAAUGAUGUUGGCAUACCGUUUUCGACCAAAUCCAUUGAAUAAUCCUCGUAGGGCGUAUUAUUAAAUAAAGUUUCCACCAAAGCUUGGAGUAUAUGCAGCGCACAGCACCGUGAGAAGAUUGAGGAAAAUGUGAAUAAUAUAAUACAAUGGUAUUUGCUUAAUUGCCGGGUUGGAUGCCCAAAUAAUUUACUUUUACUUAUUUUUCGCGAAUGUGAUUGCAUUUUGGCUUUCUCUUAAACGACAACGGUAUGAAUAUCAGUUGCCACUUUUGAACCAUCUACCAAUUACCCAUCCAUUAAAUGUUAAGAACGUUUAAUCUCCAUUGAAUAUAACUGAGCGGUACCGUAGGGAAAUAAUUAAUUUAUAUCAAACAUAUUAAAUGUUUCACAAAAAAUAAAAAUAA